GUCAUCACGACGAUCGAGAGUGAGACUCGACGCGACACAUUACAAAACUCAUCUGUCGUGCCAAGCUCCAAACAUUGAUACACACUGUUUUCACGGCUGCCCUGUUUCUCGGUAACAUGGCGUGCUGCAAAACAUCGUGAGCAGACCUCGACGACGUCAUUGCCAACAUGGUCACCGCGGCCAAGCUCAAUCGCUCCGUUACGCCGAAAAAGUCGGCCAAUGGCGCGGGCUUUUCCAAGAAGCUCGCGAAGCCGAAUGCAAGCAUCCUCAGCUUUUUCCAAAAGACUCCCAAGCCCGAAGAUUCUCUCUUCGUCGGAACCGCCGUCGCCACUCCAAAGGACGACGAUUUGUACGAUGUCGACGAUCAGCAUCGCUUCAACGAGUCGGAUACUUCCAUAAAAAGAAGAAGAUUAAGUCACGACGAGUAUGGCACCGUCAAGACAGAGGUCGCUGAUGAUGCGAACCCCAACGCCGCGCUCAUCAAAGAGGAGACCACUGGCCCCGCCAAAUCAAAGUCAAAGUUGAAUGCUCCUUUUAUCAUGGAGUCUGACAGCGAAGAUGAUUGUGACGACGAUCCUGGGCCGGCACAAGACGUACCACGGGAGAAGUUCACGGUCGAGGCGGUCUUGGAAGCAUCGCGCAGAGUAGAUGUCGAGCCCGCGGCUGCUCCGAAUGAAGCUACUGCCGACACAAGCCCACCUCUACGGAAAGAAGACUCGACGUACGCACAAUUUGAUGAGCUCGGCAGCUUUGAAGGUAUGGACGACCUCGACUUAGACGACUUCGAAGGCGAAGAGUUGAGGGAAAUGAAGUUUAUGCGAGAACAGGCACGACUCGAGGCCGAGGAGGCGGGGGCAAUCCUCAGUGAAGAAUUCAUCGACGACCUGCCAGACGAUACUGCCAUGACGGAGAGUUGCCCCAUAUGUGACGGCAACCUUACCGGUUUAUCCGCGGACGACGCCACACGUCACGUCAACUCAUGCCUCGAUGGGAACCCUACCCCUUUGCCGAAGCGACCGCGAACCCCGCCUAAUGAAGCACCUAAAGUCGAUUCCUCAGAGAUGAGCAAGAGGUUUGCUCGUGCCGCUGUUCCUCGGCCAGCGCAAUCCGAUCCUUUCUCGCAAAGCAAGAGUGGGGGCGGCGCCGGUUCAGCAUUCUCGAAACUCAUGUCUGGCAAUGCCGAGGACUCGGCCUGGGCCAACGCAGCCGCGGCUGAGCAUGCGUCCCGAGGCCGUCCAGCCUAUGAGCGGACCUGCCCAUUCUACAAGAGCAUACCAAACUAUAACAUCUGCGUCGACGCUUUCCGGUACGGGGCUGUGCAAGGCUGCGAGGCCUACUUCCUGAGCCACUUCCACAGCGACCAUUACAUCGGUCUCACUGCAAGCUGGAAGCAUGGUCCUAUAUACUGUAGCAAGGUCACGGGUAGCUUGGUCAAGCAGCAAUUGCGCACAGCCUCGAAGUGGGUUGUCGAGCUGGAGUUCGAGAAGACAUACCCCGUGCCCGGGACAGGAGCCACGGUCACCAUGAUACCGGCUAAUCAUUGCCCGGGGAGCUCCCUGUUUCUCUUCCAGAAGCCCAUGAGCAAUGGCCCUAAUCCUCGAAUGUCACGAAUCCUGCAUUGCGGCGACUUCAGGGCCUGCCCAGAUCAUGUUGGCCACCCACUACUGAAACCUGAUGUCGUCGACUCUAUCACGGGAAAGACGAAACAACAGUCCAUAAACACAUGCUAUCUGGACACCACAUACCUUAAUCCCAGGUAUUCAUUUCCGCCGCAGGACGACGUCAUCAAAGCUUGCGCAGACUUGUGCGCGUCCAUGUCGGCGGAUCCAAACUGCAAAGACGAUGUUUGGGAGAGGUCCCAACGGGAAAACGGGGCUCAGGCCGUGAGCAAGUAUUUCCAGAGCGACAAAGACCCGGCAACUGCUGCGUCGGCCGAUGCCCGUGCUGGGACCAAACAGCGGCUACUGGUCGUGUGUGGGACAUACUCCAUUGGCAAAGAGCGAAUAUGUAUCGCGAUCGCCCAGGCUCUGGGUUCGAAGAUAUUCGCAACGCCCGGGAAGAUGAGGAUCUGUCAGCAGCUGGAUGACCCUGAGCUCUCGUCCCUCCUGACGUCAAAUCCGAUCGAGGCCCAAGUCCACAUGCAGUCGCUCAUGGAGAUCCGCGCUGAGACGCUUCACGACUAUCUGACAACAUACAAACCACACUUCAGCCGCAUCGUAGGCUUCCGCCCUAGCGGUUGGAACUUCCGGCCGUCCAACGGGAAGGCGGUAGGGGCGAAUACCUCGCCUAGCAGCAUACCGACACAGCAGAUUCUCCACGGCAAGGGCUGGAGGACGCGCUUUGGAUACAAGGACUUCGUGGCGCAAAGGGGGAGCACCAAGGAGUCGAUGUGCUUUGGUGUUCCGUACUCUGAGCAUAGCAGCUUCCGCGAGCUGGCCAUGUUUCUGAUGAGCUUGAGGAUAGAGAAGGUCAUUCCGACCGUGAAUGUUGGCUCAGAGCAGUCCCGGAAGCGGAUGAGAGCAUGGAUCGACAGGUGGACAGCAGAGAGAAGGAGAGGUGGGCUGAUGAUACCGCUCAUUGAAGGUAAGGAUGACGAGGAGAGCGCAGAAUUAUGGGAGGGCAAGUCGGGCAAGGGUGGAGGGGCCUGGUGGUAGCAAAAACCCGUACAUGGCACACCUGUCUUGUCGUUAAUCUCGAAGGAGGCGAAUGGAACGGCCAACUCGUCUGCAUUAUCUAUGGUCCGACAGACAUAGCUCCAUGUGAAGCCCUUGCAGCGGUGCGAGCCUCGCAUCAACUACUGCAGGUGUUCAGAUGAACGCUUCCAUGAGC